GCUUUUAUUCACCACUUUGUAUGGUUCUCUUGUGGCCACCUGUUGCCCACUUCUUACAACAUGAACCAGUGGGAACUAUUUGCCACUUUCAUUAACAAGAGCAUAAACAUAACAUAACUCUUACCCUUUUUCUUUUUUUUUUUUUUCUGGUUUUUCUCUUUGAUUUUUUUUCUUAAUUUCAAAGAAAUGGCCACCAUAACUGUUAGCAACUUUGCUGCAGUGUUGACUAAGGCAACUUUGAAGGGUUCAAACAAAGUUCAAUCAUCCAAAGUUCUUGGAUUGCCUGUGAUGGCAACAAAUGGUAGGGCUAGGUGCAGUCUAGAGCAGAAGUCUUCUUCAAACGGGCUGAGCUCGAACCCCAGCAUGGUGGCAUCAAUGAUGGCGGCAGCAGCAGCAGCGGUGACAACGGCUGCUGCACCGGCAACGGCGUUGGUGGAUGAGAGACUUUCCACGGAAGGAACAGGACUUCCUUUUGGCUUAAGUAACAACCUUCUGGGAUGGAUCCUUUUUGGAGUGUUUGGUUUGAUUUGGGCAUUGUAUUUUAUCUAUGUUUCUAGUCUUGAAGAGGAUGAAGAGUCUGGAUUGUCGCUUUGAUGAAUGAUGUAAGAAUAUUGGGCUCAUGGUUUUUACUUUCCGCCAUUUCUUACUAAAUUAACCCUUUCAAUUUUAUGAAAGUAACAAA